UGUCAAACACACACACAAGAAGAUGGUCUUCUUUAAAUAAAUGGAUAGUAGGCAGACGAAUGUCUUCUAUACAAAAACAAAACAGGCUUUUCUUCUCUCUUCUUCUACCAAAGGGUUUCUCAACCUCAUACAUAAUCUCCACCGCCAUGAGCCACCCGAACCACCACCAGCAGCCGCCGAGCUAUGUCACCGACCCAAACACCAUGUUCGUUCAAGCAGAUCCUUCCAACUUCCGAAACAUCGUCCAAAAACUCACCGGAGCACCACCGGAACUCUCCACAGCACAACAGAAGCUUCCUUUAACACCGAAGAAACCAGCCUUCAAGCUCCACGAACGUCGUCAGUCAUCCAAGAAAAUGGAGCUGAAGAUCAACAACGACUCCUUCAGCCAUUUCCGCCGAGGGUUCCUGGUCUCUCCCGUCUCUCACCUGGACCCAUUCUGGGCGCGCGUGAGCCCACAUUCAGCGCGUGAGUAUCCUCACACACCACCGGACAAUGAGGAGCAAAAAGCUAUCGCGGAAAAAGGGUUCUACUUCCUUCCGAGUCCGAGAAUCGGGGUUGAGCCAGCACCGAUGCUUUUGCCUUUGUUUCCUCUUUCUUCUCCCAACGGCACUAAUCACCGUAAUGACGAUGAUUAUCGCGACUGCUAAUCAUAAUUUGUAGUCAUAAUUUCAGUUUUAGGCUAUAUAUUGAUCUUAAGCUGGUGACAUCUCUGUUGCUUUUUACUUUUUGUUAGGGAUAAUCUCUCUUUUUUAUUAUCAUCAUCAUCCCUCGUAAUUAACUUGUUGAAGGGUCAACUAUUUCGCCGCGUGUAGUCCACUAUCAUCAGGAUAUAAAUAUUUAUUGUACAAGUU